AUGCACUCCAUCUAUUUACCGGCAGCCUGCUUGCUAGCCUUCCUGGCCCAGACAUGCUUCUGCAUCAUGGGCAACUUUACUAUUUUCGAAAACUUCAAUAACCACGUUUUGUCUAUCAGCCCAAUCGACGGACUCCUUGAAAUUAAACCAAAUGCAACCGAUCGGUGGUUCAUUGAAUCAUUUGGUUGGAGUCGAGAAUACGUCGUCAUACGACACCGCGACAGCAAUAGAUUCAUCUCCUUCCCUCGAGUAGCAGAGAAUGCAACAGCAGAGCUUAGCAAAAAUGCUGCGACGGUCCUUGUAAUAUCAGACCCUCACCCAUACGAUGCUCUCCGCUACCGGAUCUCGGCCAACCAAUUAUACUUCACUGUGGAAGCGAAUAGCAACACUGAUCCACGGCGAGUUCUGAGACUGCGGUCAAGGGUGAUGGAUUAUACAUCGCUUUUUGCCUUGCUCCCGGAACCAUUAAGCUUGUUAAGGUCUUAG